UUACAAACCAAUAAAUGGAGCCAGGAAGAACUACAGCUUGCAAUUGGUGGUGAAGCAACAACACACGUCCGACAUCAACUAUAGCUUAACAGUGACUUCCUCCUGGCAAGAAGCGGGUCAAACUGAAUCGGGUUGGGUCGGGUCGGGUCAAGUCAAAUAAAAAGCCUUAUCUUCUUCGCUUCACUCUCUCACAUAUCCACACAACAAAAAGAAAUGGCUCUCACGGUGAGCACCGGUGGCGGAGGAGCUAGCUUCCGCUCCAUAGACCUCACAGACUCUUCUCGUAAUCCCUUCUCCACCUCCAGACUCCAUUACCCAUCGAGAGCCCGUCUUCACAUAGUCUCCGCCGCCAAAAAGCCCUCCACCCAAACCGGUCGGUUCGACAGCAAGAAGCGUCGGACCCUCGUCCCGACAACAACCAAAGAACAGCCGGAAGAAAGCAACGGUCUUUACGAAGAGAACCCGCCGUCUCAGAUCGACAUCUCCGACGAUGACGAAGAUAGGUUUGCCGUGAACACUCGUUUCAGAGGCGAUCCAAAAGACGCGCCCAAGAUUUCGGUUAAGGAUCUUCCUGGGCUUGAACCGGAUCCAUUCGAAGGUCCUCAAUGGGAUGGUCUAGGCUUCUUCGUUCAAUACCUAUGGGCUUUCGGGAUCCUCUUUGCGUUAAUCUCCGGGGGAAUUGCGGCGGGGACGUACAACGAAGGUGCGACGGAUUUCAAGGAGACGCCAGUGUAUAAGGAGGCGAUGGAGUCUCGUGACCUUCUCGAUGAAGCAGAGGGUUCGAACUCUGAAGAUGUGUUCGAGUCUAAUCCGACAGAAGUGGCGCCUAGUUUGGAAUAGUUUUAAGUUCUGUGGUUUAGAUGUGUUUGAAAUAUCAUGAACUUCUUGUGUUUAUAAUGUUACAGAAUCAAAGAAAAAAUGAUUAUUAAACAAAGAUUGUUGUUGUUCAUUGUUA